GAAAUGCCUAUGCGAAAAUUAGUGGGUUUAUUUCAUUGUUGAAUCUUACAACCAGUGAAUACAUUAGGUAUAGAUGAGCUAUCAUGAUAGUUAGACUUUUAUUGAUAAGUAUAAGUGGUCAUAGAUAGACAACGUUUAGGUUCGAUUGUGCUUUAUUGAAGCUCAUAGGGAGAGUAUUUACUGUUAAUACUUGUUUAAAAUAUGUUUAGAAAACAAUUGGUGAACUGCACCCAAGUGUGUGGCCUGGCGAUAAAUGAAUCUGGAAUGCAAAUAUCAAUAGCGGCAAAAAAAUGCUAGACGAUCUGAGAUUGUCUAGCUGCGCUUUUGGUGUUUGAGGGAGAUUUCUUUUAGCUGAGGAAAUGGUGGGCUGGCACCGGCAUCUUCAGUGCAUACUUCGUCAUGCUGGGAAGAGAUAUCAACAAAAUCAAACUGUUCCUUUCAAUUCAUUGUUUCACUCUAAGGCAUCUUCAGUGCUUGGCAAGGCGCCUUAUUUACCACGGCUGCAGAAUGCACUUUCACCUUGCAUCUCAAGGCCAUUGUACCAAUAUCUACAACAUCUGGGGUUGUCUGGUUCAAGGACAUUACUUGCAGACUCAUCAGCUGAUGCAACACCAAUUUCUUCUCCGUUAACACCACUUCUAACAUCUACUGGAAGUACUGAAGCAGAGAAAGCAGCGUCUAAACCUUCAAAAGUCCAAGCAGUUUUGAAGGGUAUAAAACAGAGCCCAAAGAAGAUGAACUUGGUUGCUGCAUUAGUUCGUGGAAUGCGUGUUGAAGAUGCAUUGCUACAGUUGCAAGUGACGGUGAAACGAGCUGCCAAAACUGUCUAUCAGGUUAUACACUCAGCUCGGGCAAAUGCAGUGCAUAACCAUGGAUUUGAUCCAGAUCGUCUUAUUGUUGCUGAGGCAUUUCUUGGGAAGGGGCUUUAUAAGAAAAGGUUGUCCUACCAUGCCAAAGGAAAGUGUGGACUGAUGAUGAGGCCAGUAUGUAGACUGACAGUGGUAGUUAGGGAGAUAACACCAGAGGAGGAGGCCGAGAUAGCUAAGUUGAGAGUACACAACUUCAAAAAGCUAACCAAACGCGAAAGGCGACUUGUCCCUCAUAAGCUCAUUGAGACUACUCCAAUAUGGAACCGCAGGAGCAGAGCUAGAAGUAGUGGCGCAGGUGCUGUCGCUGAAUAAGCUAUGAGCUCGCUGUAGUUCAUUUUUUUGUUAGAAACCUAUGCAAUCACAUAAAGAUCAGUGGUUGAUGAAAAUCCAUUGCAUCUCAUCACAUUUCUUUUUUUGUAAGAGCUGUAACUUUAAGUUAAUCUCUGGUUUCUGUUUUCUUUUUGUAAGGUCACACGCUCUCCUUUAUUUAACUUUGUUGAGGUGCCUC